AUGAGUCUCUUCAAGUCUUUCUUGAAGCCGCGGGAAGUCCAACCGCGCAAUGAGAAUGUGACGUCUUUUAACAAACAUUACACGAUAUAUCUUUCCAACCAUCAUGUUUCUGAAAUUGAAAAGUGUAUGGAACUAUUCUUUAAAAUACCAAGUCCAACUAUUCAGAGUAUUCCAACACUCUCUUCUUUCACUCAAACACUCAUUGCCAUCUUUGAUCAAACCCUAAACCAAGUCGACCAAAGUUCGAUUGAGUGGUUGAAUGGUAUUCACCGCCAAAACUCUCCAAAUGGACAAGACCUUUUUCGGUGCAUUCGAGACAUCGCACAAUUUGGAAAUGUCGAGCAAAUUUCGCUGUUUUCGACAACACAAUUUUUAACAAAAAUCACCGAGUUGUAUACCUUUCUAGUCGAUGUGUCUCGCGACGAAAACGACCCCCUGCUCUCUCAAUUAAUGUCACUUAUUAUAUUAACUGUCCCACAAUCGCCCAGGUUCUCGUUACCUUCAGGUCUCCUUGUACUGCGAUUCGAUAAACCCGAAACACAAAUCAACUUACUUCCUGUGUUUCAAACAGUCACACACGCACAUAUGACACCGGACUUGUUACUCACUGUCUCAAGAGAAGGUUCUGUUGGGAAAACGAUAUCGACUUUAAAUCAAGCGAAAGCGUCGACGGAUGUGUUACGACUGUUAGAGUCGUAUUUGGGGUUUGUGAGGUCGACUGCCUAUGUCUCCGACGCGAUAUCGACGUAUUUGACGAAGAAUGGGUUCUAUGAAGCAACACUCAGGAUCUUGAUAGAGGCGGACAAGAAUCACUUGAAAGAGGUGGAUGGGGUGUUGGACGUCAUUGCCCCUUUAAUGUUCUUUGGCGACUUUUCGCCACAUAUUGAACAGUUCCAGAGGUACAACGACAACACACGAAUACUUGCGAAUCGGUACCCUUACUUUCUUGUGAAGAAUAAACACGUCCCCCUCUUCUUACAGAAUUAUUGCUUGAAAACGGAGAGACAAGAAGGGAAGUUACAUACCAUGAAAUUGAUAGAAAGGAUGUUUCGAGAGAAUCCAAUGAACUACGCUGCACUGUCGACAAUCGACUACACGCAACGAUUCUUUUUCAUCUUCAAUGACGUCUCUCAGGUGGUCAGAGACACAAUGCUGUCGGUCUGUGUCUACCUUUCGAGGUGUCAGAAGUUCAUUCCAUUUCCAGAGGUGAAAACAAUUGCAACACAUUUGAACCCCCAGAGCGUCGAAAAGACUCCUCAGUUGAUCAAUUCAUUCAAUUACUUGAUAUCACAAUUACUUGUGGAUAAUAAGAAGUACCAAAAAGUCUUUCAGGAGAGCGAAAUGACGAAGAAUGCGGUGGAAACGUUCAAUUAUUUUGUCGAACAUUUAGAAGAGGGGAAUGCGAGUACAUUGAUAGUUGGAGUCAUUCGUAUAUUGGCGCUUCUUGUUGAUAAAUCAAAUGAGAAUUUUGAAGAAAUUAAGAAGGCGAAUGCGAUGAAACAGGCGCUCCUGCUGUUUAAGACGAACGCGAAUUUUCGAGGAGAGUUGACGAAGCUGUUUUUGACUGCUAUUGAGUUCUUCAAUGAACUUGAAAUGAAGCAAUUUGUUCGAAAUUUGAUAGAACCCCUUGAAGAGGACAUUUCACCCAUUUCCCUGUUGAGAAGUCUUUGUGUCAUGUUGUACCGAAGUAAUGGCGUUAAAGAGUGUUUCAGACAACUUGGAGGAUUUACGUUCUAUCAGAGGUUUUAUGCGAAGUGGGGGUGGGACAUGAGUACUGUCCCCCAACAUGUGGAUGACAACCAAUACAUGUUAAUGGAAUGGUCGUUCAUAGCUAUUAUCUACUCGAUGAAAGGAAGUAAAGACAAUCGGAAACACUUUGAUGACACAUAUAAACAGAAUAACGUCAUGAAUCGAAUAGUCGAGAACUGUGGGUUUCUGAAAGAAGAGAAGUACCAAGAGCGGAUGUGUUGUCUACUUAUUGCAAUCAUCUUUGAAAUCACAGACAUCGAGAAGGUCAAAGCACUGGGACUCUUUGAUAAACCAAUGGGCGGAGUCUUGAUCUAUCACCCAUUUGUAUUACACGCACUCUUGAAAGCCGUCCACUCAAGUCUCCCUCUUCAACAACAAAAAUCAGUCUUGAACUUCUUGUCGACUAUUGCAAGAGAAGACGUCAACGUCAGAAAAAUGGCUGCAGAGAACUUGACGAGUACAGUCAUUAAUGACUUCAUUGAAGACAUCAAAACACAAAGCGAGUUGCACCAAAACGUGUUGGACUUUUUGGUCCAGCUGAUAUCGUACGAUAUCAAGAAGGAAGACGUCUCUGUGCUGCUGAAAACAUUGAAAGCACAACCUUAUGAUGAAGGAAUAGUUCAAUGCAUUUUGGACUCUGUGAUGAAAUCGGACAGAAAUGGCGCGUUGAGUUUUAACACGGCGCCGAUUGGGUAUUCGUGCAUUUCCGUCCCCAUCAAUAAGUCGAUGUUUCCCCUCCCACAAUUUUCGAUUGUUCUGUGGACGAACUUGCCAAUGAUAAAUAGCGAGUUGUACCUCUUCCAAAUACUUCAGGUGGUGAAUGGGAUUGAGCAAAAUGGGCUUUCGAUAUCGGUGACAUCGGAAGGGUUACGAGUGGUCUAUGGAGCCAAGACGAUGUUUGAGAAAGUCCAACUUCCAAGGAAGUGGAAUCACAUUGGUGUUGUAUGUAAGAGUAAAAAGAUAGUUUUGUAUGUGAAUGGCCUCUUAAAAGCGACAGAGAAGAUAGUAGCAUUCAACCCGACGGUGUAUAGAUGUGUCAUUGGCCACUCGAAGGAGAAUAAAGUGAUUCCAAACGCGGUGUUUAAAAUAGGACCGCUCAAGAUGCUUGAUUUUGCGUUGAAUGACCAACAAGUGAGGGACUUGUAUUUACUUGGAGAGAUGUAUCAAGGGACUUUUCAGACGACGGACUAUUCCCAAUAUGAAGUGUUGCCGAAUUACGACGAAAAUGAUGUCAAUGUCAUUCAAAGUUUCUCGACCGUGGGAACGUUCACGCUGAGUAUGUUGAAUUUGAAUAUCCCCGUCCCGUCGAUGGUGGUGAACUCGGAUCACAUUCUCUCGAAUUUUGCGAUGAACUCAUGCACCACGUUUGGGACAGUUAAUACCGCUUCUCCGAACGACUUGACUGAUGGCAUAUUCCAAGUGGGCGGGGUUGUUGUUUUACUUGCGUUAAUACUCAAAUCGGACACUCCGGAUAAAAUGAAUAAGUCGCUUAAACUCCUGUUGGCUGCAUUAAGAAAGAGCGAAGGAUUGUUCAGAGAAAUGAAGCGAAUCAAAGGGUUUGAGUUACUCAAUUUGUUCAUAUACAAGAAGGCGAAGUUGAUGAGUACCGACUCCUUGCUUGUGUUGUUGUCGUUUGCAGGGGUGGACCCGAGCAAAAGAGACUCUGCCGUUAUUGCAUCUCCACAGAUCUUCGACACGCUUGUCCUCGACUUUUCACUGUUCUACCAAUUUGAGAAUCCGCAGACGGUGAUUUUGUAUGUGUUACAAUCGUUUGUGUCACUGAUCUAUAACAACAAAUACGCGCAAGUGAACAUCUCGAUAUUACGGUCGUUACACUUCUUGUCGCGAUUAAUCGACUUAUUCCAAGACGAUAUAGUCGACGAUGAAGUCAUCCAAAUCACUAUCAACCUUCUUCAACACUUUUUGCUGAAUAGCUGCACGACAGAUGAUGUCAAACACUUUGUUCGAUUGGUCUUCCACUUCAUCUCAAUCAUCGACUCGAAGACAUCGACUGCAACACUCUUAAAGAAGACGGAAAUCCGAUUCAUAUCACUGAUGAAGCUUGUUCUGUGCCUGGCUACAAACUUAAAGGACAAACAAGUGCUUCUGAGUGUAUUCACGCCAGCUGUGUUGUUCCAUAUCUUUUCGGCACAGAGCAUCCCAAAGUCCAUUUUGCUGUUAACACUCAAAGUAGCGGCGUCACUCAUGGCUGUUGCGAGUCAAAGCAAAAACACCUUUUCGUCGCAGUUUGUGAAAGACAAAGGGAUCUUGUUUGUUACAUAUCAACUGAAAAGAUGUGUAGACUCGACGGAAACGGUCUUUUCGUUGUUGGGGUUAAUCACGAAUCAAAUCGUCCCCGAUGUGAGUUCGUCGACAUUUGCGCAAUACAAGAAGAUGCCAUUUUCUAAUGGACCGGUACAAUCCCCUGAGUACAUUUCUUCAAUUAUUAAACUGUUGAGACUCCAAAUGGUCGAAUACAAUAAAGAGAAAGACCAGAAAAUGGUUGAACUUAUUGAACUGACUUCUGGUGUUAUAUGCGACUUAAUGGAGAAGCCAGAGAUCUACAAUUACGUCUUUGCUGAGUGUUUGAGCGAGUACAUCUCAAUAUUUGUGGGGGAGAAUGGGUACUUCAAAAUGGGAGACGACUUGGAAGUCUAUUAUAGGAAACUUCUGUUUGGACUGGGAGUCGCGUUUGCGACACAGAUGAUACAAAACCCGACGAAGAGUGUGAUAGCGCACGAAUUGUUAUAUGAGAACUCCUCUUUCUUAAGCGAAGAAGAAGAGUCUGAGUUUCUUGGGGAAAUGUUAACGGGGAUUGGGAUGUCUGUGUUAAACCAACUGAAUGCGGAUGUUGCGAUUGAUCGUGUCUCGACAUACAUGUCAUUGUUUAUGAAUGGACGCAUUGAUUUCAUACUGACGAAGGUCACACGAAAGCAAGAGCUCAUUUCUGUGUUACGGGAUGACAUCAAAUACAUCAAAAUAGUGCAGUUGAGUGGGAGAAAAGGAAGAGGCAUCUAUCCGUUAUAUGACGUCUUAAAUCGGAUAGUAUUAUUGACGUUCGACCGGAACCAACAAGAAGAGAUUGAGUGUAUUAUCGAAAUGAUUAAUCGAGAAGUCGAGGUCAUUUUUAAUGAAGUGAAUGCGAAUGAACAGUUUGUGCAUAUGCUUCUUCAUGGUGUUUUAAGAAUCUUUUAUGAGAACGAUGGAGUCUAUCAGUUGACUCUUGGCUCUUUCAUUCGCACUGUUAUUUCUAAAAGAACGAAUUUGAUCAAUAAAAUCUUCCAAACACGUCCGAGCCUUCAGAAUGGAUUGGUCGCACUGCUGGAUAUGCCAUCGAACGAUGCUACUGAAUGGAUCAUCACUAAUAAAGACGAAGUACUGAAAGGAGACGUGGAGUGCUUGUUAAAGUACUCGACGCAAUGGAUGACGGACGAAUCAACACAUUUAAGCUCAUUUAAAACACCUUUGGAGCAAAGAAGAACGGACAGAAUCAAUUUGAAUAAACAAAGUGACGUCCAAUGCUUGGAAGCGAUCAAAAAGAUCCAACACAAAAACAAACAACUUCGAGAGAGAGUGUCUGUGUUGAUCAAAGAAGAGGCGGAAAAGACUGUCGAACACUUUAGAGCGAUUCACGCGCAGAGUCAAGGUGCGUGGGAGGCUGUUGCGGAGACCCUUUUCUUAGAGAAAGGGAUUUGGUGGGAUGGAAACCCUUGUUUGUGGACGUUGGACAACGUAGAGGGGCCAUGUCGUAUGCGGAAGCGUCUUGUUCGAGACACUGAUUUUACAAGUCGAUACAGCACGACGAGUAAAGAUGGGUUCAUUGAUGUUGAGUUGAAUAAGAUGCACAAAGACAAGAGUUAUGAAAUACCAGAGUACUUAGUCGUGAAGGAUGAAGUAGAAAUAGCAGAGACGUAUACGAUGACUCCAUCACCAAAAAUAGAAGAAAGUUUACAUAAGAGGCGUGGGACAUUUAGUGGCGAAGAUGAUAUAUAUAAGAUGAUGAAGACGUCACUGAAUAAGAAUAUGAACUUUGGGUUAAUUGAGACGGGAGAUGAUGUGAAGUCGCGAUUCAACUGUUUUGUGAUCAAUGGGAUGGACAAGAUCUCGUGUAUAUUCAUUGUGUGCACACAAGCAGUGUAUGUAGUUGAAGGACUUGAACUGAGACGAGAAAGUAUUAUAGCGAAAGGGACUGUGAAGACGGAAAGGAUCCCGGCGGAAGACAUUCAAAACAUCGCAUCUCGACGGUUCAUGUUAAGAAAUAUAGCAGUUGAGUUGUUUGUGAGUGGUGGUCGGAAUAAGUUGAUUAUCUUUGAAGAUGGAUAUGAGGCUGCUAUGAAGAGUCUUGCCCCAUUCAAACAGAAGCAAGAAGAUAUGACUAGUGGUAUCCAUCAAGAGAAGAAGACCAUCUUAGCACCACUUAAGAUCUUCAAUCAAAUGGAUCCAAUGACUGCGAAGUGGGUAGAAGGGAAGAUAUCCAAUUUCUAUUAUUUGAUGUAUUUGAAUACGAAGUCAGGACGUACAUUUAAUGAUGUCACGCAAUAUCCGGUCAUGCCUUGGGUCAUUGCGGACUAUUCGAGUGAGAAUAUCAAUCUUCAAGACCAACGGAUAUACAGAGACUUGUCGAAACCAAUGGGCGCACUCACGCCAGAACGAGCGGAGAAUACAAUCGAACGCUUUGAAGCAGUCAAAGAUAACCCUGAAAUGGCGUUUCAUUAUGGAUCACAUUAUACGUCAGUUGGUGUGACAUUGUACUAUUUAAUACGAUGCGAACCAUUCUCACAUUUUGGAAUUGAGUUGCAAGGAGGUCGCUUCGAUUUGGCUGACCGACUGUUUAAUAGUCUUGAAGACCUCUGGAAGUUGUUAAGUGGACCCACAGUGAAACAAGUGAUGGAACUUAUACCUGAGUUUUUCUACUUCCCGGAAUUCUUGAGGAACUUCGACAAAUUUGACUUGAAGAAAAGAAACGACGGAACGCUCCAAGUCGACGAUGUGGUACUCCCGAAGUGGGCGCGAGGAAGUUACCGACGCUUUGUGAGAACGAAUAUGAUGGCGCUGGAAUCGCCGUAUGUCUCGGCACAUCUCCACGAAUGGAUCGACUUGAUCUUUGGAUAUAAACAACAGGGAGAAGCCGCAUUGAAGGCACUCAAUUUGUUCCACCCGUCAUCGUAUGAAGGAGGUGUCGACAUGAAGAGUGUUGUCGACGAGAAGCUUAAAAAGGCGUACGAGGACAUGAUCAUUAACUUUGGGCAGACUCCGAUACAAAUAUUCAAACAGCCGCAUCCGAAGAGAACUGUUCCGAAAACAGGGUUUCAGUACGGAGUGUUGUUAGCUGAAAAUUGGGAUAUUGUUGUCACGAAACAACACAACUUCCCCGUCCUCUCAUUUUCUGUGAUACAACAGAACUUUGUUGGAUUGCCGUCGAUCAUCCCAAUAGAGAAGGGAGGAAAGUUGUUGACGUUUACGGAAGAUGGAACAAUCACUGUGACCCAAAAUGGGAAGACGUAUGGAGUGAUAGAAAACGUCUCCACCCCCGGGAAGAUAGUGUGUAGUGUUUGUGACAGUAGAAUAGUGUGUGGCACCCGUGAUGGUAUUAUUAUAGUUUAUGAAACUAUAAAUGGGUUGAAAGAGAUUGGACGUAUGCGGGGCCAUCAACGCGCAGUCGAAGCUGUUGACAUCUGCAAAGAGUAUUCUAUUAUAGUAAGUGGCGAUGAGAGUGGCGAAAUCAUCGAGUGGGAUCUUCACACAUACAAAAUCAUCCGAUCAUUCAACCAUGGCGAGAAAAUCCAUCUUGUGAAGACUCAAACGGAAACGGGGGAUAUUGUCACGUUAAGUAAAACACUACUGAAACAUUGGACUAUUAAUGGAGACUUCAUUCAAUCAAUUCAAUUGAGUAAUCCACCAACAGAAGCUUUAAUACCAAACAUUCCAGAGUGGAUCCCUGGGCAUAUUCUAUUAACUGGACACACGGAUGGUACUAUUGAUGUCUGGAGACUCGACGAAUCAAUCUGUCUGGGAGAUGGCGAUUGUCCAACGCACCAACAUGAGCCUAAAUUACUUAAACAGCAUCAUAUUCAUGAAGGAAAAGUCACUGCUUUAUCACUUUCAGACGAUUUCACCACUCUCUAUGUUGGGUAUGAGGACGGUACUGCUGUUAAAGUGAUGUAA